AUGCGCGGCCUCGCCUUUUCAACACCCAUUUUUCGACAGGUUUUGAUCUCAAUUUGACUUCCAAGGAAAGUUUUUUGAUUGAGCUGGUCGAGUUCCAAUCCUACACGUACACCUACAUUUUGGGAUGCGAAAAGACUCGCCAGGCCGUCAUAAUCGAUCCCGUAGACAAGACCGCCGAUCGGGACAUCCAGGUUUUGCGGAGGAAAGGAGGAAUCUUAUGAUUUUGGCAGCUAUUGAAAGAUUUCGAUCUGAAUCUCGUUUAUGGAUUGAACACCCACGUGCAUGCUGAUCACAUAACUGGCACGCAUUUACUCAGAAAGGUUCUCUUUUUCGGAUUUUGGUAGUUCAUAAAGAGGUUUCAAAGAGGUAUAAUACCUUGUGGCUGGGAAAUUUCGAAAAAUUGAUCAGAAUCAUUUGUCUGCACUUGAAAAAAUUUCUAGCUCCGGAGAGAGAAAGGCUGAAAGUCUCAGAAUGGUCCGUUUGAUUGAACCGGCUUUUGAUUAUUUCCUUUGAGAUUAAGCCGCUUGUUCUCUAAGAAGAAAGAGUAGUUCUGCAAGCUGAGACUUUCAGAACGAUUUAAUAUGUUUUAAACAUAAAUAUGAAAAUUUUGGUAGGUUUCCGUUAGAGCGAAGUUAAAAAACGAAACAGGAACACCGUUAUGACCUGUACUGUGGAUCAAAAAGUAUUCUGACCUGUUUUUAUAAAGUUUUGAAUCGCAAAGAUGAAGUAGUUUCAUUACAAUUUCUUUUGAAAGUAGAAUUAUCCAUUUCGUCGGCUCACGCCAGUUAUUGAACACGUCAGGCUUUCCCAUCGAUGAAGUCGGUCUUGUCGAGGGCGUCAGGAGGGAAAGCGGACCGCCUCGUCGACGACGGGGAAGAUGUUCAGUUCGGCGAGCAGAAACUCGAAGUCAGAGCCACGCCUGGUCACACGAACGGCUGUGUGACCUACGUCUGGCACGAACUUCGGAGAGCCUUCACCGGAGAUUCGCUUCUUGUUCGCGCCUGCGGUCGCACUGACUUCCAAGAAGGUAUUUCCAGAAGUAAACCUAUUAUGAAAGAUUCUUCUCAGGGAACGCCGCAGCGCUGUACAAAUCGGUGCAUUCAAGAAUCUUCACUCUUCCUGAAGAUUACCAGAAUUUUUAUCGGCCAUAACUACAACGGCAUUUUACAAACAUCGGUUAACUUUCCCUCAAUUUAUAACCUAAAAAAUCGAAAUUUCAGGUUCUCGAAGAGAAAAAUUUGAACCCGAGGCUGACAAAAACCGAAGAAAAGUUCUUAGAAACCAUGGAAAACCUUCACUUGGCUCAUCCCAAGCAGCUCGGUAAAUAAUCCCAGAAAAUAUUGGAAAGUCCACUUUUAAAUUCAGAUGAAGCGGUUCCAGCGAACAUGAAGGAUGGGGAAGUUGAAAAUUCAUCAUAA